AUGGAAACUCCAUCCCAAAACAGAGGAGACAGGAUCAAAAAGCUCCUCCAGGAGCACGUGAAAAAAGACGUCGCCAUCUCCAACCCCAUCCAAGAAGCCUACGAGAAAAAACUCAACAGGGAUAUCGACAGAACGCAGAAGUUUCUACGUCAAGCAGAACAGGCUCUAGAAAAGCUAGACGAACCAGCCAAUGAACACGAGCUGUGGACCGAAGAGACGCGUCAAAAGGCACACACGCUAGCCCUCUAUGAAGUGUACCAGAAACUCCCCUACACGGUGAUGAAAAACGACCUGUUAGGCACGGCUACAGCAGCUCAUCUCACUGGAGAAGCUGUGGUUCAGCAGACUGCCGCCACAGAGGAAUUUGGCGACAUCAAUUCUGAACUUCAACAAGAAUUGGAGGGUUUGAGAGCAACUUUGGCGGAUUACAAGAGCAUGCUGGCGCUUUUAGAGAAGCGUAUAGCUGGACACCCCAGUCGAGUUAAGGCCAUGGAGCAAAAGCUACACAAUGCCCAGCACGUGGACGACGAGCUUUCAGAGAAGACAGAGCUGGUUCGGGAGGCCAUGGCGAGGAUUAAGAAAGUGGAAGAUAAGCUUCAGCAGCAUAUGGCUAGGGUAGUCACCAAGCUUCAUGCGAUGUUGGACUGGGAAAACACCGGCAUGGUCGAUGAAGACACGUUCAAGAGAAGGAUCAAGCAGUCCAUGCAGCUUCUCCAGCAGCUUGUGCUGCGGUUGGUGCAAGAUUCAGAGAAAUGGGUCCCCAUCACUGCUGGUAGUCCCGAAGAGCAGCUUGUUCAGCUCAUGCAUCGGAACAACUUGAUUGAGAUUGACAAUUCUGGCGAGCUUGCGAUCCGGUUACGCAACUACGGAGCGGAGUUCUGA